AUACCAUCUUCCUCUUUGAUGGUUAAUGGUCAUAAAUUUGACACUUUGAGAAUAUUUCUUUAUUUACUUACAAUAUGAUCUUGCGAAUAUUGUACGUAUUGUUUAAAAUAAAAGUAAAUAUUUAGGAGUUAUUAUUGUAAAAAUGUUCGAAAGCGAUGACUGGGAUCUCGAUCAGGACUUUUUGAAAGAUAUAGACGAUAAAGCAGUGAAAUUUUAUUCUCAAUCCGAUAAUCAAGAAACCGAGUCGAAAAGACGUAAAAUAGAAAUUAGUCAUAAUUCUAUUCUAUCUGCCAAUGACGUUGAGUCGCAUGACAAGGAGAUCACAGAUAAAAGGAAAACUAAAUACGAAGGAAACAAAGAAUCAAGGAAGAAUUUAGUUCUUGGUAUACUUAAUAAGAAUCUGUUACACGAGAAUGUUUCUCAGGUUAAAAUCAAACACGAUUCAAAACAGUUUCCUGACGAUACUCCAUUAAAAUUACAUUCUGAUCGUAUACAGAAUCAUGAGGGUAAUCGAUCGACUAGAAAAAACUUGGUACUUGGAAUACUGGCAAACAAAAAUAUUCAAGAUAAAACUGUAAAAAAUAAUAUAAAAAGCACAGAUUCACGAAAAGGCGAAGCAAAGCUUAAAAACGAUAUCGACAUAAAUAUAACUCAGGGAUCCAGAGCAUCCGGCAUUAGUGGAACGAGAUGCCAGAUUUCUAAAAAUAAUUUAAUGGACAAUUCAAGAAAGGAAUCGUUUUGUAACGUAACAAAAUGUAAAAAUGACGCUAUCAGAAAUACUUCAUCCGUUACUAAGCACCUACAGAAUCAAUUAGAAUCGAAUCAGAAGAUGACAUUGGUCAGAAAAUUUCCUGGACCCGCUGGUCUGUUGCCAGACAAUAUAGAUGCCAAUAUUCCUCCUAUUUCGUAUUUAAAUAGUUUAGAAGAAAAGGAGCAAACCAACAAAGAAAAUAAAUCUAAUAAAUUACCCGAUUAUUGUUCUCAAAAUACGAAAAACUUGUUUACAGAAGGUGCUUGGCAGUUAAUGUUGGAUGACUUGCCGUAUAAUUUUUUAAAAGGCUAUGAAAUUGCAAUUGUUAAACAAAUGGCAAGUACAAAGGGUUGUAAUAGUACGAAAGUGAAAUUUUUGGCAGGGAUAAUCGAACGUAUAGAUCAUAGCCACGAGAAUCCUCCUAUUGUUCUAAGAGAUUUCACGGACAAUAUUCAAGGAAUUGUUCACAGGGAUAUACCGCUUAAAUAUCCUGGUUUAUUGGAACCAAAUGUCGUUGUAUUAUUACACGAUGUAGGAUUAUUAAAAAUUUCUAGCACUUUUGUUUCGAACAAAUAUCAAAUUUUGAUCUCGCCAUCAAGUUUAUUGGGAAUUUAUACUAACAAGGGUGAGAUAGAACGUACGCGUCACUUGUCGACAGUUUUAGAAAACAUUUCAAAGGAAGAAAGAGAAAAAGAAUGGAACGAAAACGGAGAGCGUAUAUUUACGAAAGAAUCGGAAGCACGUUCAUCGAAAUCUGACUUUCAAUUUAAAACAAAAGCCAGCGGCAGUAUUCAAGAUUCGGAACAUUCUAAGUACAGUAGGAAAGAUAUUGGGAACGAAGGCGUUGACGCGAAUUUCAGCGAAAGAGCUGGAAAUGAAAAGGAAUCAACGAAUUUCGAUAUCGAUCUUUCGUUUUCAGUUUCUUUCGGUAAAAUUACGAAUUCACAAAAUCAGAAUAAUUUUGCUAGUUCAACGCUUAAAAAUCGUCUAAAUAAAGAAAGCAAAGAACAGAAGUUUAAUUCAUUGGUAGAAAAACGAAAAGAAAAUAUAUGCGACGAUGAUAAAGAGAGGGCCGCAAAUUUGUUAAAAUCAUUGAAAAGAUUUACUCCGAACGUAAAUGAAAAAGCACGUUUCUCCUUUAGUUUAGAAGAUGAACAAGUCGAAGGAAAAACAUUGCACGAUAGAUUUUCCGAGCAAAUGGAUAUCGAUGAUUGCGGCGUAAGUAGUUCGCAAGGAAAAGUAGAAAAAGUAGAAGACGUUUGUUCGGUUGUUGGUAAGAAAACAGAAAGUCUUCGGUCGAAUAGUGUAAGGUCGAAAUUAUUACAGUUUAAAAAUCCAGAGACAUUAAAUUCGAAAGAAAAGAAUCUGUUUAACAACGUAUCCUGUAAUGCCGAAAACGAUUCGGACGAUGAAAUGUUAUCUCAACUGGAUAUGGAUACCAUUUUCAGUAAUUACAAUAAAGAAACUUAAUAA